CUUCGGAUUCAACUGACCCAAUAUAUAUAGCUUUCGUACCCCAAUCUCCCAUCUCUCUCUCUCUAUCUCUCUCGUUCCUGUCGUCCAAAUUUCAACUCAAACUCUCAAUAUCGUCAACCAUGUCUGCAGAAUCGGCUAGUGCAAUCCAAAGAAGCCAAGUUGAUCUAUUGGACUUCAUAGAUUGGUCUGGUGUUGAAUGCCUCAACCAAAGCACUUCUCACUCUGUUGCCAACGCUCUCAAGCAGGGUUAUAGAGAAGAUGAUGGUUUGAAUCUGGAGAGCGAUGCGGAUGAGCAGCUUUUGAUUUAUAUACCUUUUCUUCAAGUCGUAAAACUACACUCUAUCACCUUCAAAGGGCCUGAAGACGAAGGUCCUAAGACCGUGAAACUUUUUUCAAACAAGGAGCACAUGGGAUUCAGCAACGUCAAUGACUACCCAGCAAGUGACACCAUUGAUUUAUCCCCUGAUAAUUUGAAGGGAAACCCAAUGGUUUUGAAGUAUGUCAAGUUUCAAAAUGUUCGCAGCUUGACUGUUUUUAUCGAGGACAAUCAAUCUGGUUCAGAAAGCACAAAAGUUCAAAAGAUUGUUCUUUGCGGAACAACGGUGGAAACGACAGACAUGAAGGGGUUGAAGAAAAUUGAGGACGGACACUGAAGAAAGAGAGACAAGUAGUAGUAGAAGAAGAAUGAACAAAUUGGAUCAUCCAAAUUUAAAAACCAUAGUGAUCAUCUAGCAACCCUAUUUGGUUUAUGUUGCAUAUUAUAUUUAAGGAUUAUUAUCUACUUUCCGUUGGGAUUUUUCACCGUACUUGUUACACUAUCUCAAGGUCAGCGCAUACCACAAGACUUUAGGGA